CCAUUUGCUCCGCCCUUUAUCUUUGCACACUCCUUCUCUCUUCUCCUGCUUGCUCCAUCCUCCCCCUUCUCUCUCAUCUCGGACAAAGAGAGGGAGCCCAUAUCCACUACUGUUGUUUGCCCAUCAUCUGCAUCAAGUACAACCGUCGGGGCCGGCCAGCGCAGUGACUCUCGCUGCGGUCACCUCACGGGGUUUCGUCGUCCUGCGUUAGGUUACAUCGGCGAUUCUUGAUGGGAGUGGCAUGGGAGUGAGUGCCUGCACUGCCACGAGCUAAAAUAAAAGAGCUUCCCGUGGUGACCGAGCACACUGCAUUUGGCAUUCAUCUCCUUGAAAUCAAGUCGGGGAUGCAAAUUUGUUUCUGAUUUUGUUGAUGAGUUCUUGCUGUUGGAGUGGAUUGUUGUUCGCUUAAUUUUGUCUUGGAUUUUGGCGAAAGAUGAGCAUACCGCACCUGUUCCGGUGCCCGAUCAGCCUGGACAUCUUCACCGACCCGGUGACGCUGUGCACGGGGCAGACGUACGACCGCCAAUGCAUCGAGCGCUGGCUCGCCGACGGCCACCGCACCUGCCCCGUCACAAUGCAGGCCCUCGGCGACGCCACCGCGCUCGUGCCCAACCGCACCCUGCGCCACCUCAUCGACCGCUGGCUCUCCGCAGCCACCACCGACCAGCACCACCACCUCCCGGACUCGGAUCCGUCGCUCGCGGCGCUCAAGCGGUGCCUCCUGUCCGACGCCACCGCCGCCGCCGCCAAGAUCGCCGCGCUCGAGAAGGUCAUGGCGCUGGCGUCCGAGUCGGACGUCGGCCGCGCGUGCAUGCUCCAGCUGGGGUUCCUCGGCGUGCUGCUGCCGCUCGUCUUCCUCGCCGCGCCCGCUGAUCGCCGCCACGGGGAAGCGGAGGAGCUCGCGCUGCAGUGCGCGCUCAGCCUCAUGCCGUCCAGCCCCGCCGCGCCGCAGCUCGACUGCCUCAACGUGCUCAAGAAGGAGGCCAGCCUGGCGUCCUUCGUGCGGCUCCUGGAGCGAGGCAGCGGCCGGGCCAAGGCGGGCCUGUGCCGCCUCCUGGAGACCAUCGCCACGGCGACCGCGACGCGGGACCUGGCGCUCAUCGUCGCCGCCUCGCCGCGCGUGUGGCAGGCGCUGCUGCCGCUGCUGCAGCGGCAGGACGGGCCGGCGGCCUCCGACCCGCGCGCCUCGGAGGCCGCGGUGCGCGCGAUCGCGGCGGUCUGCGCCACCGAGCCGGCGCGCGGCAGCGCCAUCCACCACGGCGUCGUCGGCGCGCUCUUCAGGCACCUCACUUGGUGGGCGUACGGAAAGGGCGGCGGCGCCGUGUCCAGCGCGCUGGCGGCGGUGGAGGCCCUUGCUGAGACCGAGGCCGGCCGCAGGGCCGUCGCGCGCGCCCCGGGCGCGACGCGGGUGCUCGUGAGACACGUGUUCAUGAUGUCGUCGGCCAACGACGGCAGCGAGCACGCGGCGGCGGCGCUGCUGGCUGUGUGCCGGGAGUCGCGGGCGGCACGGAGCGAAGCCGUCGGCGCCGGGGUUGUCACGCAGUUGCUGCUGCUGCUUCAGAGCCAGUGCGGCGCCAGGGCAAAGGCCAAGGCGCGGGCGCUGCUCAAGCUUCUCAAGUCCAGGUGAAUUAGAGCUGGUUAUUUAGUAGUAUGUUGGAGUUAAGGAUUUAGGUAUUCUUGGAAGCUGUAAGUUUCUGCGUCAAGAAUGUCUGACAUUGCCAAUCUAUGUAACUCUAUUGUAAGGCCGGAGAAGAUGGAUUUGGAACUUAAUGUUGGAGUUAAGGAUUUAGAUAUUAUUCGGAAAAAAAAAGGAUUUAGAUGUUCUUGUAAGCUGUAAGUUUCUGCGUCAAGAAUGUCUGCCAUUGUCAAUCAAUGUAACUCUAUAAAUUGUAAGGUCAGAGACGAUGGAUUAAAAGAUCAA